ACCACACUGCCUUUCUAUGGGAUGAUGAGACUGAACAUGACCGGCAGAGCUAAUGAAACUCUUCAUUCACCAGAGGUACAAAAAGGGUGACUUUUCACGACAUUUAUGUGUUCUUAUCAGAUCAAAAUAGUGCACUUUGCAAAGCUACAGGCCUAGAUAAUGCAGGUUAAGGAAGGACCAGUCGGUGUGGAAAAGACCUGCCUUCAUUUAUCUGCUCAGAUGAAGGCAAACUGACGCUGGACAACAUAUUUAACUGCUUCCACAGGAGCGUUGGACUGUAUUAGUUUAUAUGUGCCAUUACAGUUGAAAGUGAAAUGUCUGGGACCAAAGCACCACGUGGUGAGCUUACAGACUCUGAUCCCGAAGACAAAGAAGAACUGACAGCAGUGGUGUGUCUGGAGACAGACCUUCGAGAUGGACAGAUGAUGGAAGUUGACAUCGGAGUCCACAGUGUGCUGUUAACACGCUGUAAUGGCAAAUAUAGUGCCAUUGGAAAUCAGUGUACACACUACGGUGCCCCACUCAGCAAAGGGGUUCUUUCAGGAAACAAAGUGCGCUGUCCUUGGCACGGCUCUUGUUUUAAUGCCGUCACAGGAGACCUGGAGGAGUUUCCUGGCAUAGACUCAUUACCUUGUCACAAGGUCAGAAUUCAAAACAGCAAAGUGUAUGUGUCCAUAAACAAAAAGGAACUCAGGCUUCAGAAACGAUUGCAGCGUAUGGGAACUGCAGUACCGGGAGUGAAUCACACAAUUCUUCUGCUUGGAGGAGGAGCUGCAUCGCUGAUCUGUGCAGAGACUCUGCGGCAGGAGAACUUUGGCGGCAGAAUCAUCAUGGUCUCUAGAGAUGACCUUUUACCUUAUGACAAAACCAGACUCAGCAAGGUGAUGAAUGUGUUGAGUGAUACUAUUGUGCUGAGAAGGAUGGAGUUUUUCCAUCAGUACGGCAUCGAGGUGUGGCUCCGAAAAGCAGCAGUGUCAGUGGACACAGAGAAGAAGACAGUCACAUUCGAUGAUGGUUUAGUGCAGAGCUACGACCAGCUGCUUCUCUCAACUGGCUGCAGAGCAAAAGGUCUGGAUGUGCCGGGAAUUAAUCUGGACAACAUUAAGAUGCUGGAGACACCAGAGGACGCUCGACAAAUCCACGCUGCCUGCUUGGGCUGCAACAUUGUCCUUGUGGGAACUUCCUUUGUCGGCAUGGAGGUUGCAUCUUACAUGAUAGACAAGGCCUCUACUAUCACGGUGGUGGGGAGCAGUGAGAUGCCUUACCAAAACACUCUGGGCCUUGAAGUCGGGAAAAUCACCAUGAUGAUGUUGUCGGAGAAAGGCGUAAGAUUCUUCAUGAAUGAUCAUGUGACAGAGAUCAAAGGCCGCAAUGGGAAGGUGAAAGAGAUCGUGCUCAAAAGUGGUAAUGUUAUCCCAGCUGAUGUCUUGAUUGUUGGUAUUGGCAGCAUCCCGAACUCAGAGUACCUGCAAGACACUAAUAUACAGAUGAACUCCAAAAAGUUUGUUAUAGUUAAUAAGUACAUGCAAACAAACGUCCCUGAUGUGUUCUGUGCGGGUGACCUGGCCUCCUUCCCUCUGGCAGUGGCCAAAAACCAGUUAGUCAACAUUGGACACUGGCAGAUGGCACAAGCACAAGGGAGGAUAGCUGCUCUGAACAUGCUGAAGAAAACAACUGAACUCACCUCAGUUCCUUAUUACUGGACCGUCCUACUGGGUAGAACCAUCAGAUAUGCAGGUUAUGGGGAAGGAUACACUGAGAUAAUUUUGAAAGGAAACCAUGAGUUUGAGGAGAGGAAGUUCCUGGCCUUGUACAUCAAGAAUGAUGAGGUCAUAGCAGCAGUGGGGCUGAAUUAUGAUCCUGUGGUGUCCGCUGUGGCUGAGAGGCUCCUAUCAGGGAAAGUCAUCACCAAGAAAGAGGCUCAAUCGGAUGAUCCCAGCUGGCUUCAGGUUACCUGAUCUGCAUCAAAUCAUCCAUGAACAAGCAGCCACAACAUCUUCUGUCUGCUGCAGGGUUCCAAUGAAGGACAAGCUGUCUGGAAACAAAAAUAGUUCAUAGUUCUGUGUUUUGGAACUAGUCAACUUUUCACAAUGCUGUCUUCCAUCAGGGAGUCCAACACAACUGAUACCUCAAACAGAUGCAGCUUUGGGACUUUGUUAGUCCUCGUAUUUAUCUGUUUUUUAACCUAAUAAAUUUUAUCUACAUG